CCCAACAUUUCCAAACCCUCGUUUCCAAAACCCCAGCGACCGAUUCCCCGCAGCAGCAGGAGGAGGAAACCCCACCCCCACGUCUCCUGCCGCCAUGGACGCCACCCCCGUCGCCACCCGCCUCCGCCGCUCCAUCCCCGACCACGACGCCUACACCGUCCGCGUCCUCGACCGCCGCGUCGCCGCCCUCGCCACCGCCCACCCGGGCGACGCGCGCCGCUGGAUCUGCAAGACCCGCUGGCUCCACUACCCGCUCCUCCGCUCCGCCCGCCUCGUCGUCGGCCUCGGCGUCCAGUGGACCCCCGUCCGCGCCCGCGCCCGCGCCGACACGCCGCCGCCGGCCACCCUGCAGCUCUGCGUCGGCCACCGCUGCCUCGUCUUCCACCUCGCCCAGGUCCACCCCGACGACGUGCCCGCCGCGCUCCACCGCUUCCUCGCCGACCCGCGCGUCGUCUUCGUCGGGUACGGCUCCGCAUACGACCGCCGGAUGCUGCGGGACCACUACGGCCUGCACGUCGAGUGCGGACGCGACCUGCGCGCGCUCACCGGGAUGGGGAACGCCUCCGUCGACCUCAUGUCGCGGCGCUUCCUCGGAUACCACGGGAUCACCAAGCCCGUCAGCGUCGCCAUGAGCGCGUGGCACGCGCCUAGGCUCUCCGUCGAGCAGGUGGAGUACGCCUGCGUCGACGCCUACACCGCCUUCCGCCUCGGCCUCCUCCUCUGCCCCGCCGCCCCUGGGCCUCCCCGCGCGCCUCCCGUGAACGUCCACGCGCAUCCUCGCGCCCCCGCGACCCAGCUACACCGCGCACCGCCACGCGCGCCUCCACCUGCCCGGGAGAUCGUCCACGCCGCGCGCCUCGUCGCUCGCGGCCCCGUGCCCCAGCCCCACCGCGCGCCGGGUCCUGCUCGGGUGCUCCCCCGCGCACCGCCUCCCGCUCCACGCGCUUCGGUGAGCGUCCCCGUGCUCGACCUCCACCGCGCGCCGGGUCCUGCUGUGGUGUUCCCCCGCGCAUCGCCUCCCGCACCACGCGCUCAUGUGCGCCCCUGCACGCCGCCUCCCGCUCCACGCGCUCCCGAGCCACACCAUGCGGGCGGGAGCAGCAGCAAGAUCUCGGACACGGACACGGACCGCGGCGGCCUCAGCUUGGUCCGCUCCAACUACGCUUCCCCAGGCUUCACAGCUGGUCCACUGGACACGGAGAUCACGGAACGCGCCGGCCUCAGUUUGGUACGUUCCAACUACGUUUCCGACGACGACGGCGACCUCUCUUCCGACGACUUCGAGCUGCUGGUUCUGGGACGUGAAGCUGUCACCGACGACGACGAGGAAGAGGAAGAGGAUGUCUACGACUACGUCGCCAGUACAGGACUUCUCAGCGAUGGCGACUACGUCAUCGGGCCCGGAGAUCACAGCGGCGAUGACGAGGAGGGUGCCUACGUCGUCGGGGAGCAGGGCUACGCCUACAAGGAGUACGCUGGGAUUGGAAUUCUCACCGUCGAGGACGACGACAUCGAGGAAGGCGAGUACAUCGGCAUUCUCACCGUCGAGGACGACAUCGAGGAAGGCGAGUACACCGGCAUUCUCACCGUCGAGAACGAGGCCGCGGCUUGCGACAACCAAGUGUUCGUCACCAACGGACCCGCCACGGUUGCUUUCGAGGAGGAAGACAGCCUGCAGCUCGACGGUCACCAUGCACCGCCGGAGCACUUGGGAGAGGCGGAGUACUACGGCGACAGCACCGGGGUGUUCCAGGGCGGCGAGGACGGCUAUGGUCAGGAGGAUGACAGCAGCGAUUGCUAUGAUCAGGUGGAGGACGUGUAUGUGCAGGACGAGGAUGGCUAUGACCCCUAUGGCGCCUUCUACUAGCUUUGCAUUGCAUGGCAUGGCACCACUUGUUUUCAUGUCAUCUCGAUCGGUGGAUCAUGGCCUUGUUUUGGAAGGAACUAAUUAGUGUCUGUGACGGAUAGAGUUUGCUUAAUUUGCACUUCUGCAACCAAGACUACCAAGUUCAAGGCGAUCUUGGUUGGUAAUACUCUAGUCUGCAUUGUUACCAUUGUUAUCUACUUGCAACCGUCCAGACUGCUCUUGCAUGAAUUUCUGCUGUGAAGUUGUGAUAAUGGCGAGCUCUGGUUAAUUUUCAUUCAGUUAAGGCGAUGCCAGUUUUAGUUUGGCAUGUCUUGAUUUCUCA